CGCAGCCAGGGACCUGCGUUGUUACUUGUUACAGAAAGAGAGAGACAAACUUCAAAAUCAAGCAGAGAAGAACACACAAGGAAGGUACCAUAUCAGCAGCAGACAAGAAUGUCAGGAAGUUAUCAUGAUCCACGCGUUUUCUCUCCGGAGAGACUGUUGGAAGAUCUUCAUGUACAGACCGUUGAAAUCCAAAGGCUUUUUAAUGAUAAUCACAGACUAGCUGAGCACCGAGUGCUUCUGGAGCGAGAACUCGGCUCUGCCAAGGAAGAGCUUCACCGAAUGAAUCUCGCUGUUUCUGAACUUCGUGCUGAAUAUGAUCUGCAGUCGAGGGACUUCAGUGAGAGAAUGCAGGACGAUGCUCGUGCUAUGGAGUCUUACAAGGAAGAGCUUCACCGGAUGAACCUGGUCAUUUCUGAUCUCCGUGCUGACAAAGAAGAGGCUGCACAGUUGCGCGGUGAAGUUCAGAAGCUAAAUGACAUUAAACGUGAACUUAGUGGAGAUGUUGAGAUACUUAGGAAAGAUUUGGUCAAAUUGCAAUCAGAUAACAUGCAGAUUCCGGGUUUGAGAGCUGAGGUUCAGGACCUGAAGAAGGAGCUUAUGCACGCUAGAGGUGCUAUUGAGUAUGAGAAGAAGGAAAAGUUUGAGCUUAUGGAGCACCGGCAAGCUAUGGAAAAUAACAUGGUUUCAAUGGCACGUGAUGUUGAAAAGCUACGAGCAGAGCUUGCUGCUGUUGAUAGUAGGCCUUGGGGCUAUGGUGGAUCAUAUGGGAUGAAUUUCAACCAUAUGAAUGGUAGCUUCCGUGGUUCUUAUGGAGAACAUGAUGGUUUUCUGAUGCCGACCGAGAGAAGAGUGGACCUUCAGACCCAACCAAGAAACACUGGAAACCAAACCGCAUCCAACCGAGCUGAGGCAGCAGAGAUACUCGAGUGCACACGCAGCGUGGGGCAGUCGCAGAAUGGUGCGAAUGGUCAAACAAAGGUUCCCGUGGGAGACACUGCGGCAGUAAGUGCAGCCGUCUUGCAUGGACUCAAGGAGCUGUUUGGGCCGUUGCUGCAACAGAACUCCGCAGGGGGACUGGCCUCUCGAGCCACAGCGGUUCUGCAAGUACAAGGAGGUGCCGGUCAGGAAGGGCCUUCUCCGCUUGUACCAGCAACCGCGCCAAUACCCUCGUACUGGGACGCAUUAAGACGGAUGAGGGACUUGGGUACUGAGACCUUCGGUGGGGGUGGUGACCGGGUCGCCGCAGACAACUGGUGGCAAAUGCUGGAAAGGAACUUCGAGUUCAGCAUGUGCCCAGUGGAGUACCGAAAGGAAUUAGCAGCCCAUUACUUGAGGGAAGAAGCUCAUAUCUGGUGGGAAAAUGUGGUUCAAGGAACCCCCGAAGGGUAUGUGCUCAACUGGUACGACUUCAAGGAUGAAUUCGCCAGGAGAUACUUUCUGGAGGAAGCCAUCGAUCAGAUGGAUAAAGACUUCGCAGAGCUGCGUCAGGGAACUAGAACUGUGAGGGAGUACGAGCAGGAGUUCCAUCGUUUGAGAAAGUUUGUAAGCAGGUACGUUGAUGAGAGGGAACACAUAGAAAAGUUCCUGAGGGGCUUGCGGGUUGACAUUAAGAAUAGAUGCCAAAUGCGGAGGUAUGUGACCAUGGUCGACCUGGUGGAGACGGCAGUCUUGAUGGAGAGAAACAUUGGCGUGGAGGUUAAGCAAGCUAGAGCAUCCCAAGCACCAAAGGGAACUCUGAAACGGACAUGGGACGACCAGGCGGCAGACUCAGGAACGGAGCAGACAUCCAUGUCCGGACAGCGUGGGCGGAAACACGUUCGACCAUGCAAAACUAAGGGAUGUUAUGGAUGUGGUCGUAUGGGGCAUAUUAAGCGGAAUUGCCCGGAGUUACUUGGAGACUCAGCUCACGUAGAGAGCAAAAGACGUUGAUGAUUACUUAACUCGAGAGAGCGUAGCUUUCUGUGAGUUAAAUAGUAAUGAACUGAAAACUUUUUGUUGAUAGACUAGCAAAGCUUUUCUUUUGUUGAUAAUCUUGCGAAGAUUUUGGCAUUGAGACGGUGAGAAUUCAAAUUACUUUGAACGCCGUCA